AUGACCCUGAUAGCAUCAUUAAAUCGAGCGAUGGAGUUUUUGGAUAAUUUCAACGAAGAGCAAGACGGGCUUGAGGUAUCACUACGUUUAGAGGAUCUCAACGAGCUUCGACGACAAUUGGAAGAUGUACAAUGCACGCUAGAAGAGAUGGAAAUGAGCGAAGAAGGUAUGGCUAUUCAUCAAGAGCAAAGAUCCUUAUUCGAGAGGCAGUUUUUCAAAAUAAAGGCUGGCCUAUUAUCCAAAUUACCCUUCCCUGGCGUUCCUAUUGAUUCGCAAAAUACACUCCCUCGGGGUCCUUCCGCAAUCAGGGGUCUCAAAUUGCCGUCAAUAUCAUUGCCAGAAUUUUCCGGAGAUUAUAAAGACUGGCGUGUAUUCUACGACACAUUCUAUGCAUUAAUUCACACUAACCCGGAUCUUCCAGACAUUCAGAAGUUCCAUUAUCUUAGAGCAGCAGUGAAGGGUGAAGCAGCUCAAUUAAUCGAAUCCGUUGAUAUCAGUGCCGCUGAUUAUGCCAGUACGUGGGACACCUUAGUAAAUCGCUACUCAAACGAAUAUCUAAUGAAGAAGAGACGUCUACAAGCAUUGUUUGAUAUACCCCGCAUGGAACGGGAAACCGCAGCAGAUCUUCACGCGAUUGUAGACGUUUUCGAGAGGCAUGUCAAAGGAUUGAACCAAAUGGGAGAACCGACUGAGGCAUGGAGCACAAUUUUGGAGCAUUUAUUAUGCACGCGGCUCCACGAUGACACUCUUAAAGCUUGGGAAGAUCAUGCGUCAACAAUUAACCAACCGACAUACAAAAAUCUAGUCGAUUUCCUGCACAGAAGAAAUCGUGUUCUAGAGUCCAUCUCAGUAAAUCAUCAACAGACACCACCAACCUCACUUGUAUGCUCUCAGGUGUCAACGUCAAAACCUGUAGGUCAAGGAAAUCGGCCCAAUUCCACUCACAGUACCUCAAUGCUUAAAUGCCAUGCUUGCGAUCAACGACAUCCUCUUUUGAAAUGUUUCAAAUUCGGUAAAAUGUCAAUUGACGAGCGAUUAAACGUCAUUAACUCAAAACGAUUGUGCUUGAACUGCUUCCGUAGCACUCAUUAUGCCAGAGACUGUCCUUCGCCAGACAAUUGUCGCGUCUGUGGAAGGCGUCACCAUACCAUGAUUCAUCCGGCUUAUGAUGAAAACUACUACCGAGUUGCCCAAGACCCAAGGUCAUAUAGGUCGGAACAGGCGAAUCAGGCCUAUGUACAUGCUACUCAAUGUGAACAAGACACUGAGGAUCCGGUUUUAACUGCUGCUACUACUACCAACCAAAUCGAUAAAAUAUGUUGCUAUCCAGUAAAGAAACGUGCGACGAAUAUAGUUUUACCCACUGCGAUAGUAAUAAUCGUUGAUUGUUAUGGAAAAGAGCAUUUCGCGCGGGCGAUUCUCGACUCCGCGUCGCAAGCCAAUUUGAUAACUGAAAAUAUGGCUCAACUUUUACGACUUCGGCGCACUAAAACAAACAUGAUUGUGAGCGGGGUUGGGAAUAAUACCAAGCUGGUAACAGAGUCUGUCACUACAGAAAUCCGUUCCAGAAAGAAACACUUCGUAACCAACAUAAAUUUUAUUGUCAUGGAGAAAAUUAUUCCGAAGCUACCCGGUCAAAGCUUUUCCAUUGACCACUGGAAAAUUCCGAAGGAUUUAUUCCUAGCUGAUCCCGAAUUCAACAGAAGCAGCACAAUCGAUCUACUGAUAAGUAAUGAACAUUUCUUCACGUUUUUCACGUCCGCUGCCAGAUUACAACUUUCCGAGUCGUUGCCACCUUUGGUCGAUAGCGUUUUCGGAUGGGUCGUGUCGGGUCCCGUGAAUGCCAGUGAGGUUCCAAGUAAAGUGCUUUCGUGCAACGUACUCGCCACGUCAGUGGAAUCGCUCGAGGAAAAGCUGGAAAGAUUCUGGAAGAUGGAAGAAUUGUUAGUUAGAUCCGAUUAUUCGCCACAGGAGAAGGAAUGCGAAAAAUUCUACUCUCGAACAGUCUCUCGAAUGCCGAACGGACGGUAUAUAGUUCGACUGCCACGACAUUCUAAUUUCAACAUGAUGCUAGGUAGUUCGAAAGAAACGGCCAAAAAACGGUUUGAAUUGCUUGAGCGAAGGUUGGCUAAGAAUUCAAAAUUGAAGCAAGAUUAUCAUCAAUUCAUGGAGGAGUAUCUUGCUCUCGGGCACAUGCGUAUCAUUGAAGACGAGGAACUCGAGCCACCGAGUUUAUGUUAUCUGCCACAUCACCCCGUCAUCAAGGCAUCAAGCACCACCACUAAAGUAAGGGUGGUAUUUGAUGCAUCGGCAAAAACUACGUCUGGGCUCUCACUCAAUGAGGCAUUACUCGUAGGUCCCGUAGUACAAGAUCCUUUGAUUGCUAUUAUACUGCGAUUUCGAACGUAUCCCGUGGCUUUAGUAGCUGAUAUCGAAAAAAUGUACCGCCAAGUUUUGCUGCAUUCUGAAGACACCGCAUUACAACGUAUUUUUUGGAGGUUUCAAGCGAACCAGCCGAUUAAAACAUGUGAAUUGCUAACCGUAACGUACGGAAUGGCACCCUCUUCCUUCUUGGCCACGCGGACACUUCAGCAACUUACUAAGGAUGAGGGACUUGCUUACCCGCUCGGGUCCAACGCUUUGCAAAAGGGUUUUUACGUCGACGACUUCAUCGGAGGAGCGGCGACGACUGCAGAAGCAAUAAGUGUGCGGGACGAACUCAUUGAACUUCUCGCAAAAGGAGGGUGCUGUUUACGAAAAUGGGUAUCAAACGACCAACGAGUGCUGAAUGGUCUAACUUCAAGCCAAGUAGCUGCACCUAUUGAACACCGAUUUGAUAGGGACGGAACGGUUAAAACUCUAGGCGUAUGUUGGGAGCCACAAAGAGACACUCUUCGUUUCGACUCUGAAGUACAGCAGAAAUCUGUUCAUCCAACAAAGCGAUCAAUUCUCUCCGCCAUAUCCCAAUUGUUUGACCCCUUAGGACUAGUUUCACCGGUGAUAAUUCGCGCUAAAAUAUUAAUGCAACAGCUUUGGUCGCUAUCUGGUGGCUGGGAUGACAAAGUUCCAAAUCCGGUAAAAGAUAAAUGGCAAAAUUAUAUGCUACAGUUACGAAAGCUUUCCGAAUUCCGCAUAGCUCGCUAUGCUUUAUUACCAAAUUCAAAAUUGCAAUUGCAUACCUUCGCAGAUGCUUCGGAAAAGGCUUACGGUUGUUGCGUCUAUGCACGAUCAAUCGAUGAACAAGGCAAUAUUCGAGUUCAAUUGUUAGCAUCCAAAUCACGCGUGGCGCCUUUAAAGCGUGUAACACUCCCCCGCCUGGAACUGUGUGCAGCAGAUCUAGCUGCUAAGCUACAUAACUGUGUAGUCCACGCUCUUAGCUUGAAUGUGACAUCAUCUGACUUUUGGUCGGACUCAAUGGUAACACUACAAUGGCUAAAAUCCGAACCUAGCACAUGGAAAACCUUUGUCGCCAACCGAGUAUCAGAAAUUCAAUCUCUUACGCAGGGUUCCUCAUGGCAUCAUGUGGCAGGCAAACAGAACCCAGCUGACUUAGUAUCGAGAGGAGUUGAAGUUGAUGAUUUUCUAUCAAAUAAGUUAUGGACCAAUGGACCUGAUUGGCUCGUGUUACCCGAGAACCAGUGGCCGGUUUCAGUCAUCCCCGAAUAUCCAGAAGCAGGAAAUGAACGCCGAAGAGAGCAAGUGGUGGCGGUACUAAAUUCACGCCCUACACACAACCCUAUAUUCAAUCUGUGUUCCUCUUAUCUUCGUCUUGGUCGAAUAGUUGCAUAUUGCCUUCGGUUCAUCCAAAACGUACGAGUUAAGACUAGAUCGCGAUCAGGUUCUGCGAUUAGAGAAUCACCUAGCCAACUGUUGACAGUACAGGAAAUAUCAGCAGCCAACACUCGUUUGGUGCAAUUAGCCCAAGCGGAUUCAUUCACGGAAGAGUUAAAGGAUUUGAGUUCUGGCAAAACCCUUUCAAAACGGUCCCAUAUUCGCUCCCUUGUUCCAUUCAUUGAUCCGGAAGGUACCAUCCGAGUGGGAGGGAGACUAAAGUUAUCUGAACAGCCAUAUCUAUUCAAACAUCCUGCUCUCCUACCACACUUCCAUCCAUAUGCUCGACUGAUAGCCAAGCAUUAUCACCUUAUGUUGAUACACGGUGGUGUCCGCUCAACGCUUUCCUCUAUGAGAGAAUUCUACUGGCCUGUUAAUGGGAGAAGAUUAAUCAGAAGCGUAAUGCGAAGUUGUUACCAAUGCGCUCGAGCUAGCCCUAUUCCCGUCACCCAGCAGAUGGGACAGUUACCCGCACUUCGAGUCACCGCUAAUAAACCAUUCGCAGCAACCGGAAUUGACUUUGCCGGUCCAUUAUAUUUAAAACCAAUCCAUAAACGCGCCGCUUCUGUAAAGGCAUACAUUUGCAUCUUUAUAUGCUUUUGCACAAAGGCUGUGCACAUAGAAUUAGUCAGUGACCUCUCGACUCAAGCAUUUCUAUCUGCCCUUCGCCGAUUCAUCGCCCGUCGUGGACGGCCGUCCCAUAUUUACUCCGACAACGGAAAAAACUUCGAAGGCGCGAAAAAUGAACUGGAUGAUAUACGUCGUAUUUUGCUCGAUAAUCAGAAUACUAUUCAAGAGGCUUGCACUAACGAAUUUAUCACCUGGCAUUUAAAUCCUCCAAAGGCCCCACAUUUUGGUGGUUUAUGGGAGGCAGCGAUAUGA